UGCAACCUUUGGAAUUAGAGGCAGAUCCUUACACCUGUUGUUUUUGAUGUAAAAAAUGUAAGCCUGUCCCGAACCUUAACAUGAAUAAUUUGGAGUUAAUGCCUAACCUUAGGAUUUCACCAGAGCAAAACCGAAACCUACUUGAAGGUAACAGCGCUCACUGUUGCCCCAAAUGGAUGGUUUCCACAUCAUCUCCCGAUGUCCUCAGACAACAUGGAUGGAUGUCGAUUACUGACUUGUAUCACGGAUGACCUGGCUGUAAGGUUAAGAUUCCACCUUCAGAGACUUUGGCCUCCCCGACAGAGUGACCUGCCCUCCCAAGCAAGGUGUGAGGACCCUCAUCCUUCCUGUCUCCACACACUCCCAUUCUUCUUCUCCUCUCCUACCACCCCUCUCAGGGCAGAAUGGUCCGGUCUGUGCAGGAGCUGUUUCUGAACUUCACAGUAGUCUUAAUCACUGUGCUGCUCAUGUGGCUCCUAGUCAAGACCUACCAGGCCUGAACCACCAGGGGACAGAUACAAGGGGAGAGAGAUGAAGGGCUGAGAAAUGGGGGGAACUGGGUGGUACAUUCUUAUCCAAUUACUGCAGUUGCAAACAAUCUUGAAAGCUUAUUGGGCGACAGGUAGCCUAGUGGUUAGAGCCCGGGCUGCUGGCAUCAUCCUAGAUGCCAUUGCCUGCUGUUGUGCCCUUGAACGAGGCACUUGACCCCCUACACUUUCUCUGCGGCUGAUCCAUGCGUCUGACCCAUUGCUUCCAGUCCCUCGGGUGUGUGUUUGUCUCGGGGGGUUGGGUUGUGAGCUUAAAGGCACAUUUCCAUUAAUGUACAAUAUAGUUAACGGACAAUAAAGUACAAUACAUCGUAUAUUAUCUUCAUUCUGAAACAUAGCAGUUGCACAUAUUAAGUGAAUACAAGACAUAUUAAGUGAAUACAAGACAUAUUAAGUGAAUACAAGACAUAUUAAGUGAAUACAAGACAAAUUAAGUGAAUACAAGACAUUGAAAGGUAUAGAUAUAGCUUCACUGCUUCAGCUGUCUGCUAAGAAAGACAUGCAGUUCCUCACUCCUGCCUCUUAGAGGGACUGUUGUGUUAGAGAUGAGUUGGCAAGCAUUCUGUUUACACGCUCUACAAUA